GUUGCCGCGCUAUCGGCUCGCAUUUCGCACCCAGUUACCCGAUCCGGCAAGCCAGAGCGGACCCAUAUCCGCUCCCGGUGCCCCGCAUCCCGACCCCCUCAUUCGCCGACACCGGCAGAGAUCGCGGGUGAGCUGCAGCGGAACGAUGAGAGUAGUAAUGGACACGAUCAUAUGUUUCCUCUGAAUCGAUACCGAGGUCAAUGUAGAUGAAGCUUGCGUUCUUAGAGCUCAGGAUCCGUGUUCAUCGUCAAAUCACUCAAGAAGCUCUGGAUUGGUGACCAAUAUCACCCCUCCAGUCUCUACCACGGUGCCAUCAACUUACACCAAAUCUCACCAGAAUUUCAAGAUGGGGGUGGAAGAUGAGCUCUCUUCAUACCUUAAUCCCGAAACAGCCAGGUUUCUCCUAAAGGUUUCCAAAGCCAUCUCCCAAGACCCAGGCUUGCCCCGACCAAACCCAACAAUAUCAUCAUGGCAGGUUCCAGAGCACCAUGUUGCAUCAAUCCAAUCCUCUUCACUCCCCAAGCAAACCGACUUCGCGGUCAUCGGGUCCGGCAUCACCGGCUGCAGCGUCACGAAGACGCUCCUCGAACACCAGGCAUCGCGCAACUCCCACGUCACGAUCUUUGAAGCCCGGACACUCGUUAGCGGUGCCACGGGCCGUAAUGGCGGGCAUCUCGUCACUGCUUCGGGGCAUACUUACGGCCCCAUAGCUGCGCAGCAUGGUGUUGAGGCAGCGAAGCAGAUUACCCGCUUCUCGAUCCUCAACGUUGAGCGAAUCAUGAAGAUGGUCAGAGAUAUGGACCCGGAGAUCCAGAAGCGGUGCCAGAUUCGUGAUGUUCUCAAAGUCAUGGCUGUCGGGGAUGAAGAGACCUGGGAUGCUGCCAAGAGCUCGGUGUUGGGGUUCCAACAGGCGGUCCCAGAGCACAGCAAAUAUCACCGUAUCAUCGAGAGAGACGAUGUUCCGGAACGAUGGAACAUCAAAGAUGCCAGCGGAGCUGUAGAGCACAAUGCCGGCGCCAUCUGGCCAUACCGUCUUCUCAUGGGAAUCUACGAGGAUCUUGUAAGCCAAUACCAAAACCGCCUGGCAAUUGAAGCAAACACGCCCGUGCUUCAGAUCAAAUUCUCGCCGUCCAGCAACCCAGAAUACCCCUAUCUCAUCACAACUCCAAGAGGCACCAUUCGCGCCAAAAAGGUCAUACACUGUACCAACGGCCACGCAUCACAUCUCCUCCCACAACUAGCAGGCCGCAUAUACCCCUUCCGCGGCACAAUGUCCGUCCAGAGACCCGGCCCGAUCCUCAAGAACCUAGGAGCCUCGCGCUCGUGGAGUCUGUCUCACAAGCCGACCCUGGAUGUCCGAAGCGGUCUCUACGUGACGGGCCUCUACUACCUGCAGCAGAACCCCUUAACCGGAGGAAUCUGGAUUGGAAACGAGACGGCGUACAUGAAGGACAUCUUGACGUCGGAUGACACCUACGUCCCGAAAGAAGCGAGAGAAGCUCUGUCAACGGUGCUGCCGAAGUUCUUCCUUAAGGGGUGGGCACCUGAGGCGAAGACGUCCGAGGUGGAGGCAAUUUGGUCUGGCAUCCAAGGUCACACGGCUGAUGGUCUCCCGAUCGUAGGAAGGAUCCCAGACUCGAUCGCAGGAGAAGCCGGUGGCGGACAGUGGAUCGCUGCCGGGUUUAAUGGGUAUGGGAUGGACAAGUGCUGGCUGACGGGCGAGGCUUUGGUCAGGAUGAUGUUUGAGGAAGAUGUCGGCGACUGGUUCCCGCAAGCGUACGUCGUCACGGAGGAGCGUUUGCGAGGGAAGUUGACGUCGGACGAGACAUUGCUCAAGUUUGCAAAGCUCGCGAAUCCUCAGGGGGUCAAACUGUCUAAACUCUGAGCUGAUUCCGACUUGUCGAUCUAGAGGAUGAAUAGAAAACCGUCAUGGCCAGAUAGAAUAAAGUUCAUAAAAGAUACAUAUGGAUCAUACAGUAUUUGCUCC